AUGGGGGAGAUUGGGGAGGUCACUGGGGGGACACAGGCGCACUGGGGGCGGCAUUGGGCGCAAGCUGCUGGCACUCCAUGGCCCCCUCGGAUCAAUAACUGCCCCCCUCGGAUCAAUAACUGCCCCCCUCGGAUCAAUCGCUUUUUCGGCGACAUCCAGCAGCAGGACGAGAAUCAACGACAAAGGAGAAGUCUCCGUCUAAGAAGCCAGCGUCGGUUGGACAGCUGUGUACUGAGUAACGAUGAUGAGGAUGAAACAAGAGAUAAUGAUGUGUACAUGACAGAUAAAGUAAGUCAAGAACUGGGACCAGUGGAGGAUGAAACUACAAGUUCAAAGCCGUCUGGUCCCAUUACAUGUCCAAUUUGCAUGGAUGUCCACUUGGAGAUUAUGCAGAGUGGACGACUGUUUGUGUCAACCAAACGCGGUCACGUCUUCUGCAUUCAGUACCUCCGUCACUCGCUUAAGAAUGCCAACUCUUGCCCAACCUGCAGGAAGAAACUUCCUCACAGACAAUAUCAUCCCAUUUAUAUGUGA